GAACAAUUAAGGAAGGUUAGGGUUAUUCCCUGGGCCAGCAUGCCCUGGUGAGUGGCUGCUGCUGAAAGUGGGGUGAGAGUUUCCACACACUCAAGAGCCAAUGGAAAAUGUGAAAACUGAACCUUCUUCAGUAAGGUUCCAUGACUUCUGGUUUGCUCUCGAGACACCAGAGUACGUUCCUGACUCAGUCCACCAGCUACUGGCCACUCGAGGUUAUUUUUCAAGGACGAGGGUGGCCAGCAUGGGAUGUCCUCAGGCCAGGUUGCUUGCCCAGCUGCUGUACUCCCCCUUUCAUUUGGUUUAUAUUUAUAGGAAAUAUCCUUGCCUAGAUGGAAAAACACAUGAAAGAACAUUACUCUUGCUUCCUCUGCAUGCAGAGUACAUUCUUGUCAGGACAUGUGCCUUGUGACAGGUUGAGAGAGCACAUUUUGGGGAAGGGAAACUUUCUGACAACUCAUCCCUGAAAGACAAAUAGACGAUAACACUCCCAAUGGGCUCAAUCCUCACCAGGAGGAGGCAGCGCCUGACUUCAGUCAUGAUAUGCUGAUUUACAACAGAAAAAAAUCCAGCUAUAAAAGCAGUAGAAAAAGCAGUGCUGGACUGCCCCCUAAAAGGAUGCAAAGCCUGUCACCCAAAAUAACCACAGGAGGUGGUCCUUGCUGCAGAUAACUGACAUUUAGCAGCUCCGUGUGUCACAAGCAAAUGUCACAAGGGGACCAAGUGAAGGGGGAGGUGCUGGUGUGCCCAGAGACAGGCAAUCCUCUUCCAGGGGGAAGCCUGGAUGGCUGAGAGGGUCCUCUCCAAGUGCAUUCCGUGGACUACAGGUUUCAGUGUGUACAGAAAGGGAUGCUCCCUGAGCAGUUCUCCAUUUUUUCCCUUUUAGGCUUCAUGCAGCAUCCCCUGGCUUUAAAGCCAGAAGAUGAAAAUGAAGAGAAAUGGAGAAAUGGAAAGGACAUAUUUUCUCUCCAAUUCUUUAGGCUGGCCACCUGUCCCACAUCCCUUCCCAUUGCUUCUUUACAAAAAAGAGAUUUCGGCCACACCAUAUACCACUAACAAGGGAGAGAGCCAGCUCUGUAAACCUUCCACCUGAGGCUGAACAGAGAGGUGAGAGCUUUUACUGAGAAAAGACUGAGUAAAGACAAGCACCGUUCACCCAACUCUUUGCUAUUGUUGGAAGCAUCACAUAUCAGGACAUCCACAGCUGAAGCUAUGAAAGACAUAAACACAUCUACUUCAAAGGCCCUUACUCAAAACUGAACUGGGAUGCAACAAAUCAGCCCCCACAUUCAUACCAAAAAAAAAAAAAAAAAAAAAAAAAGAAAGAAAGAAAGGAAGAAAGGGGAAAUUCAGAUUAGUCACAAAGAAGUUUCCCCGCCUGCUUCUCUUUGUGCUUAAAGCAGCCUCCUGAAGGCACUGUCUUCACUUCAUCUCUGUCCCUGGGACAGGACCACAUAGCUCAUCUGCCGCUACUCAUCCAGACCCCUUGUUGUGUUCCUGGCCCCUUCCUCAGCAGUUGCUGGCAGUGCAGCUGAGAUGGAAGGACAGACAGAUGUAGAGCCGAGAAAUCAAAAUCAGAUGGAUCAUGAAAGGAAGCCUGCAGAGGAUGACUGGAAGAGCUGGCAAAGAGGGCAGGUUAGGAACACGCUGCACCUUGUGUCUGCGACUGCUCAGUGGAUUUUACUGCUUGCCUGCUUGAUUUACCUUGGUAUAGAUUCUCUGCAACCCUCAACGCCUUGGAGCCACUUUCACUUGGACAAAGUGCCGUGGACCCACAUCCGGUACACAGGAAAAAGCAUCAAAGGAGCAGCCAUGAAUUUCACUGCUGAAGUAGGCUCUAUGCAGAUCAGAAAUGGUUCCAUCACGAUCAGCUGUGAUGGCCUCUACUUAGUGUCCUUGAAGGGCUUUAUCCUUUUCUCUGACUUGGAAGAGGAGGACUUGCUGAAGCUGACACUGCAGAAGACAGACAAGACAACCAGCAGGGCCCUCUGGGAGCAAACGGUCCAGGAAAGUGACAAUGCAGUAAAUCUCAUCACGGUGCUCUACUUGUUUAAGUACGAUAACAUCACCCUGUGGACCAACUCCAACGCCACCAUCGCGGAUUUGUCGUUUAGCCUUGUGUUACAAAAUCCCUCCAAUUGCUCUCUGUAGAAGAUGAGAAGAUAUGAAAUGUAACAUGUAAAGUACAGCGUUUCCUACCAAUCUAUUUGCCUGUGGGAGGUUUGUUCUCACCGGCUGCACUUGUACAGGCAGACAGCUCUAGCCUCCCUCCUUGGGGCUCCGGAAAGCCUCAGCUGGAGUGCAGAUAAAUCACAGUGCAAACGGGUUUUAUAUAGUGCAUGCCGUGCUCAUCUCUUUGGAGCAAUGUGCAGCUGUUUCGCUACCCAGGAUGGAUCUUUCUAGCACUUGAGAAAGGGAUAUGUAGAGCCCUUGAGGAGAACAGAAAUGAAAGCUGAAGUCACCUAAGCUUAACUCAUAUUCAGAGAAACCUUGUGUUUCUGUUUACCUGACAGUAUCUGUAUAUAGUACAAAUGCACUGUACAUUUGCUAAAAUAAAAGGCUGGUAAAUCAGGCAGAUACUUCAAGUGUAUUGAAGAAGUUUGGAGAAGGAAGAGAACAGAUCUGCUCAACAGCCCUUUGCCUGGCAAGGCAGGAGACAGGCAAGAGGCAGCAAGAGACUUCCUUUGCAGUCAUCCAGAUAAAUCCUCUCUGACAGGUAAAGGCCAUGAAUAGAAGGUGUUAUUUUGGUAUGAGCUGACAGGACUGCACUGGACAGCAGAAAUACAGUUCCUGCAGUGACUAUGAGGCUUUUAGGAGUAGCUUUUAAGAAUGGAGGCCCACUGGCUGUUCCAGCUAUGCAGACUACUGCAGCCUGAGACGAGGGAAUUCUGGUGGGACACUUACAUCUUGAAACCAGCUCUCAAAGCUGUUAAGUUGAAGAAGAAUCUCCUUCGAGCACACACACACACACAGGCUGGCUUGACCCAAAAAUGAUCCAGCACAUAAAAACUUGGGAAUACAUGAAGACUCUGGAUUUGGUGGGUUCUCUCUAAUGAACCAAGUGAAACCUGCAGCUCUGCUCACCCUUUCCUUUGGGAGGACUCAGAUGGUUCCUGGGAGCCUCGCAGUAGGCUUUGUCAUAUAGGUAUGCACCACAGGGAGAUUCACAGGCACAACUUACAUGAUGUGCCUGUGCACCCUGCCUUGGCUCCUGCUGAAGUCAGACUGCUGUCAGUGAUCCUGGGCCGUGCAGUGCUCAUUACUGCUUGUGGCUGCUGAGGACAAAUCAUGCCCUGCCCUGUGCUGCAGCCAGCACAUGAGCUGAGCACUGCCCGUGACUUGUAUUUUUGGUUGAAGUGGGGCAGAUUUCAAGGGCAAGUUGACUACCUGGCUCCCUAUGAACUCCAGCAACGUUUCAGCAUCUCACUGCUGGGUGGACAAUCCAAAGUAUUUUGUAAAAAGUAUUUAUGUAUUUAUACUAUAGGCAUAAGAACGUUACUUCAGAUUUCUUAGAAACACUGGGAAGGGUUCAGACUUCGGGUUGUCAGCACUAAGCUCCUCUUUGCAGAUGCUCCCAAUGCCCUGGAGCGUUCCUGCUGCACAGGCACCCUGCUGCUGCCCGUCUCAGCUCCCAGCCAACCCGCUCCUGGCUGAGCAUUCCUGCAGGUUCAGGUGCCAAAGGCAGCUAAGGCAAUCUUCCAAGCCUUGGUGAGCUUUUCCGCAUACUUUAUGCUGUUGUUGACAGGUUUUAUGAACAUCCCUGCCUGGGGCCAGGCCAUAGCCCCAGGGAAACCUCCAUUGACUAACACAGUUACUCAUGGUGUGCCAAGAAGCAGCUUUUUCUCAGGACUGAGAAGCUGUGGGCUGACUUCCACCUGCAGGAUGUUCCUUCCCAGCUACAAGGGGCAUUUUGGGCUUUUACCUGUGGCCAUUCUGCCCACCACUGGCACCAAAGGCAGCUGCAGCCUGCCUACAAGCUGGGGGUUGUCACACUCCCCAGCUGAAGUAAGAAUGUGUUUCACCUCCUAAAA